AUAUUAUACAAAUGCUAUAGAUGGAAAGACAUAACAACGCAAACAUAGACAGAACAAUAUACGACUGUGAACAAACAAUGGACGCAAAUACAGCUAAAUGCAGACAGUGGACGCAAAUAUAGUUGCAUUAUAUUUCAUGGAAUAAGUGACGUUGUUUUCAUUCGUUUUUCCAGUGCGGUAGUGACUUGUCUCGCUCCGUUAGUGUUAGUUGCGGUGAGUGGUGGAGGUUUUAUGAUCGACUGAAGACAAAGGUUUUCUGUUCUGCUCUACUUCUUCUCGUUGAUUAAUUUUAUGCCUCGAUGGGUUUUGUGUUCCGGUUUCGUCUUCGACAACCGUUAUUUGGGUAGUCAGAGGCUCAGAGCUUGAUGUGGCAGCAAUCUCCUUAGUGGUGAAAGUUUCUGUUUCACCGGUUUGUUAGGGUUUUUAUAUAACCCGUUUAAUUCAGUUUAGCUCAUUUGGGGUUAAUCUUAAUUUUGUCCAAUUCUAAAUUGAUGUAAGCUCUGUGGACCAAGCCCAUCUCAAACUUUGAUUCGGCCGAUUUUUUUUUUACUUUUGUGUAAUCCAAAAGAAAUUAAAAAUUACUUUAAUGCGCAGAAAGUUUAAUAAAAAAAAACGUAUGGUGAGAGCAAACUUAUUACUAUGUUUUGAACAAACUGUUCCUCAAAAUUUGGAGGAUCACUAGCUCGUUUGGCACUUUUGGCUUUUUCCCCUCAUGAAAAGUCCAAAUCUAUUUCAUGGAAAGACGAUCGCCACGUGAUUCGAUUUUUUCUGUUUAUUUAUUUUGUAAUGAGUAUUAUCGUGAAUUCCCCCACUAUUAUGUGAUUAUUGAGGCUUUUUUAAAGUAAUAUGUUUUAACAUUUUUCUUAUAAAAAUUAUAAUUGAAGGGUUUACUUUACACUUCCAAAGAUAUGGCCACUAAGGCAGAUAACAAGUAAUAUUAAAUUGAUAGUCUUUGCACGUAUAACUUUUUAAUAGUUUUUAGUUUAUGCUAUAUCCAUUUACUUUUCCCGAGUUUGAAGUCACAUAAUGAAAACCUGGAGUCAUAUAUAUAUUCUGUUUGUUGAAACAGUAAAUUUAACAUGAAAGGUUUAUUUUUAUAGUAGCAUUUGAAAACUGAUAUUACAAAUUAUUUGUUGAAAGGACGUUUUAUAAAAGUCAAAAAAAAAAUCUUCAUUCAGCAGUUUAGUCAUUUUGUUUGCCAAUCAGAAUGUAAUAUCAAUUAACUUGUAUAAAUAAAUAAUUUGAAUGGGAUAAUGGUUUAAUAACUUUUAGUAAUACAUUGCCGACUUAAUUAUACCGUAUAUUAUCCAAAAUUGUAUGUGGUUUAUGAGUGGGAAAAGGGUAUACUUCACGACAAAACAUAAACGAGUUAAAAGAUGAAAAUGGGUUGAACUAAAGUGUGAUUAGUUAGUUUAUCGCAUCUUUGAGACAGUCCACUACUUUUACAUCAUUUUCUUUCUACAUGUUCAAAACUGGUUUUUUUUUUUUUUGCUAAACAACUUCAAAACUGGUUUUGCCACCAUUAGGUUCAUGAAACUCUACAGCUGGCUUCUACAUUUUACAGUCUAACACAACUAUGCUUAUUUCAUACUUGACUAUCAGUUGAAAACCAUAAUUGUAUGAACUAAUUAAAGUUAGGAAAGUCGUAAAAACGCAGCAUAAAAGAGAUGCCAAUUCUUGGACAAAUCAACAGAGCUCUAUAUAUAAUGAAAAUAAUGGCAAAACUGAAUUUAAAAGGAUGGUAAAUCUGAGAAGUGUAUACGUGUUAAUUACCUGGUUGCACUUGCUAAAGCCCAUCCACGCCGACGUAGCAUAUGUCAACGCCGAUGUUUCGCGUCCCACGUGAGACUCACAGGAGAUGAGCUUCGUUCGAUGUUGUAACAUGUCAAGAAUUCGUUAAUUAGGUAUAAAUAGAGUUUAAAGCCUGUAUAUUCGUAAAUAUUAAUGUCGUGGCAGGUAGCAGAAAUUUAACUAAUAACAUGUAUAUCAAACAAAAUAAUACUCCUUCCAUUUUUCAAUAGAUAACGUUUUAGAAAUUUUUUAUUCCAAAUUAAUUAACGUUUUUAAUUUUUAAUGUAAAAAUUAUUUAACAUUUAUAUCUUAUAUGUUCUAUAAACUUUUGUAUUCUGAAGAUACAAUGAUGAUCAAAUCGUAUUUAUUAACAUGCAUUACUUUUUUUUCUUUUUAUAACCGUGGUGUGAUCCCAAAACUUUUUAGAUUCAAAGACUAAUCACCACGAAAUCCAUAAAACUAUAUCAUAACUAUGAACCAUUUACCACUAUGCAUUAGUUUACUAUUGUACCAUCAUAUUAUAUGUGUAAACAAAAUUACUAGAUAUCUAGUGCAUAGUAGUUAGUUUAGUUGAGCCAUUACCAAUUCUAUUACUUGCCGACUUAAUAAGAGAAACUCGAAAGUCAUUUAAAGAAAUAAAUAGGAGGAACUUGAAUUAUAUCAACCACAGUAUGUUGGAUGAGUACAUAUAUACUGUUUAUAUGUUACUGUACAUUUGAAUAAUUCAAGUCACAAGUGAGAUGCAGAUAGACGCACUUACAAGCAGCAACAUCAUUACCUUUUUGAAAUCUUCAAACAAGAAAAACUAUAAUCGCUUGCCUAUAAAUUUCGUUGCGAAACCUUCAUGUCACUUAAACUAUAUCACAUGUUCCAGAUAUAGCCUUUCUGAAUACAUAUGGCCUUUAACAUAACCUCCGUGAAAACCUCCUCUAACGGAGCAUGGCAAGGCGACAAUCCCUUGAACUUUGCCUUUCCGUUACUCAUCGUCCAAACGGCGUUAAUCGUCGCCGUCAGUCGCUCCCUCGCCGUCCUCUUCAAACCUCUCCGCCAACCAAAAGUCAUCGCCGAGAUUGUCGGAGGGAUCUUGUUAGGACCGUCUGCUUUAGGUAGAGACCCGGCGUAUAUGGACCGUAUAUUCCCGGAAUGGAGCAUGCCGAUACUCGAGUCCGUCGCGAGCAUAGGACUCCUCUUCUUCCUCUUCCUCGUCGGUCUCGAGCUCGACUUGUCAUCCAUACGUCGAAGCGGAAAACGUGCUUUCGGAAUCGCAGCCGCCGGAAUCACACUCCCGUUUCUCGCCGGCGUAGGAGUCUCCUUCGUGAUCCGCAACACUCUCUACACCGCCGCCGAUAGACCUGGAUUCGUGGAGUUUAUCGUUUUCAUGGGAGUCGCUCUCUCCAUCACAGCUUUCCCUGUGUUGGCACGUAUCUUAGCAGAGCUCAAGCUUUUGACGACUCAGAUAGGAGAAACCGCGAUGGCUGCAGCCGCUUUCAACGAUGUAGCGGCUUGGAUUUUGCUGGCUUUAGCGGUUGCGUUGGCGGGAAACGGCGGCGAGAGCGGUGGGGAGAAGAAGAGUCCGUUGGUGUCUGUUUGGGUUUUGCUAUCGGGUGUAGGGUUUGUGGUUUUCAUGUUGGUUGUGAUCCGACCCGUAAUGAAAUGGAUAGCUAAACGCGCAUCUCCUGAAAACGGCGCCGUAAGGGAGUCUUACGUGUGUUUGACGUUAGCUGGAGUUAUGGUUUCCGGUUUAGCGACAGAUUUAAUCGGGAUUCACUCGAUUUUCGGAGCGUUUGUGUUCGGUUUGACUAUACCGAAAGAUGGAGAGUUUGGUCAGAGAUUGAUUGAACGGAUUGAGGAUUUUGUCUCCGGUUUACUCUUACCGCUUUAUUUCGCGACUAGUGGACUGAAAACUGACGUGGCAAAGAUCAGAGGAGCUGUGUCGUGGGGGAUGUUGGGGCUUGUCGUGGUUACGGCUUGCGUCGGGAAAAUCGUCGGAACUUUUGCUGUGGCGGUGAUGGUUAAAAUUCCGGCAAGAGAGGCUUUGACUUUAGGUUUCUUGAUGAACACGAAAGGUUUGGUGGAGCUCAUUGUGCUCAAUAUAGGCAAGGAGAAAAAGGUGCUAAACGAUGAGACGUUUGCGAUACUGGUGCUAAUGGCACUCUUCACAACGUUCAUUACGACGCCGAGUGCAAUGGCCAUUUACCGACCGGCACGUGGAAUCCACCGCAAACUAAAGGACUUGUCGGCGAGCGAACACUCCUCCUCUAAAGAAGAGCUUCGCAUCCUUGCCUGCCUCCAUGGUCCAGCCAAUGUCUCAUCCCUCAUCUCUCUCAUCGUGUCCAUCCGAACCACCAAGAUACUGAAGCUAAAACUGUUCGUCAUGCAUCUCAUGGAACUAACGGAACGAUCCUCGUCAAUCAUAAUGGUGCGAAGGGCCCAGAAAAACGGUUUUCCUUUCGUCAACCGCUACCGUCACGACGAGUGUCACAGCAGCGUUAUACGAGGCUUCCAAGCCUAUCGUCAACUAGGCAGAGUCGCGGUCCGGCCUAUUACAGCAGUUUCUCCAUUACCUACAAUGCACGAAGACAUUUGCCUCAUGGCAGAGACCAAGAGGGUCACAAUGAUCAUUUUACCUUUCCACAGACGAUGGAACGUUGAUCAUGGUCAUGGCAACCACCAAGACGGAGGAGAUGGGAACGUACCGGAAAAUGUUGGUCAUGGUUGGAGAUUAGUUAACCAGAGAGUUUUGAAGAAUGCACCGUGUUCGGUGGCGGUUCUUGUUGACCGUGGGCUUGGGUCUAUUGAGUCCCAGAGUUCGAGUCUUGAUGGGUCGAAUGUUGUCGAAAGGGUUUGUGUGAUUUUCUUUGGUGGGCCUGAUGACCGUGAAGCUUUAGAGCUCGGCGGGAGGAUGGCUGAGCAUCCGGCCGUUAAAGUUACCAUUAUGAGGUUUUUGGUGGGGGAAAAGUUGAGGAGUAACACCAUCACGUUGCAUCCGGCACCGUCUAAAUGCAAGGAGAAGAAUUAUGCAUUCUUGACAACCAACGUGGAUCCAGAAAAAGAAAAGGAAUUAGACGAAGGAGCAUUAGAAGAUUUCAUGAGCAAAUGGAAAAAUAUGGUGGAAUACAAAGAGAAGGAACCAAACAACACAAUUGAAGAAAUACUGUCAAUAGGAAAAAGUCAAGACUUUGACCUUAUAGUGGUUGGAAGAGGGAGGUCACCGUCCGUGGAGGUGGCUGCGUUAGCUGAGCGUCAGGCAGAACAUCCCGAGUUAGGUCCUAUCGGGGAUGUGCUUGCCUCAUCGAACAACCAUGUUAUCCCAUCAGUCCUUGUGGUUCAACAACACAACAAAGCUCAUGUUGAGGAGAUUACAGUUUCCAAAAUUGUUAAAGAGUCUUCUUUAAGUACUGAUGGAGAUGCAAAUGUAUGAUGUAGCUACUUGAACUUUACCUUAAUGGUUAAAGUGGCAAGAUUUGUAGAAAGAGUAUUCUACAUAUAAAUAACAGUGAUUAUGCAUCUUGUAGGAGAGCCUUUUCAUGAUCUCUUUCUUUGCAUCUAUAUAGUACUAAGAUGCUGAGUUUUUGCUUA